AAGAAGUGGAUAGUGGGUGUUUGACGUCCUGCCGAGCACCAUUCUUGCACACCCUUGACUGAUAUUGGAGUGUCCUUAGCGAGACACGAAGCAACGUUGUCUGUGUAGUGAAGUCACUUUUAUCACAUUUCACUUAGAUUUUAUCUACCAUCCAAUUAGCACCCUCCUACUACUUGAACGUUGUGAUUCUAAGUGAAUUGAAGUCAAUACGAGUCAGCAGAGAUUUCCACCAAAAAGUUACGAAAGAAGCUGACUUGCGUGAAGAAUAUCGAUUUUUACUUCCAUCCAACGAGCACCUAGUUAGAACCAUCAUCAUCUCAGCUGAUUUCAGCAUCGAUUAGUUGCGUGAAUUGUGCGUGAAGAGAAAGAGUCGAACGAUGCAUCACCUAAGGAGCAGUUCAUCGAUACAACUGUUGUUGGCGCGUGGGUUGCAGAAUGUGUACACUAGCGGCGGGGCAACCGUGACUGUUGUAACCAGGCAAAAUGGAUCAAACAAUGCACCGCUGCUGGAGGGGAGCGGCAAUCUUGCGAAAAUCACACGCAUCACCACUGCCGGGAUGGCAUCGGCGGUGAAACGGAAUCUCCACGACGAUCGGAGGCGGAAUCUCCAUGACUCCUAUGUGAUUGGUGUACCUGUUCUACCAAAUUUCUACAACAAGCGAGCGGCGUUCUACAAGGAUUAUGGCAAUCAAGAGUUUUUGCUUUCUAACUUCCAAAGUAGGAGACACUAUUCAAUGGUGUUAAUACAACGCGACACGGACAAGAAACAUGCGGAAGAUCUCUUAUUCGAUAUGUUCAAAAAUGAAGAAACAGGACUCCUCAACAUUGGAAAAUUUCUGGCGGCCCUUCGCACGAUCGGCAUCCGCCGGAACGACCCCCGCAUCGGCGAGAUGAUGGACAACCUGAAGAAGGUCCACAAGCUGAACAAUUACGACGGCGGUUCUCCGCUGUCGCAGAAUCUUAACGCGGAAACGUUCAAGGCGGUCAUCGCGCCCAACAUCGUGCUGAUUGCCCGGGCCUUCCGGCACCAGUUUGUGAUUCCGGACUUUCAGGGCUUUACGAAGGACAUCGAGGAGGUGUACUGGAAGUGCAAGAGUAAUACCGACGGCAAGGUGGCGAGUUACAUUCCGCAGUUGGCGCGUGUCAAUCCGGACUAUUGGGGAGUGAGCGUGUGUACGAUCGAUGGCCAGCGGUUCUCGAUUGGGGACUCGAACGUGCCCUUUACGCUGCAGAGUUGCAGCAAACCGUUGACGUACGCGAUCGCUUUGGAGAAGUUGGGACCAAAGUUGGUGCAUCAGUACGUUGGCCAGGAGCCCAGUGGGCGGAACUUUAACGAGUUGGUUCUGGAUCAUACGAAGAAGCCGCACAAUCCGAUGAUCAACGCCGGCUCAAUUCUGACCUGUUCGCUGCUGAAGACGUUGGUCCACCCGGAGAUGACGUUGGCGGAGAAGUUCGACUACACCCAGAAUUGGUUCAGCAGAAUGGCGGGAAAUGAACCGUUGGGCUUCAACAAUGCGGUAUUCUUGUCGGAACGCGAAGCCGCUGAUCGGAACUACGCGCUUGGGUUUUACAUGCGCGAGCACAAAUGCUACCCGGAGAAGGCCAACCUGCGUGAGUGCAUGGACUUUUACUUUCAGUGCUGCUCGAUGGAAGCUACCUGCGAAACGCUGGCAAUUAUGGCCUCCACGCUGGCCAACGGUGGCAUCUGUCCGCUGACUGAGGAGAAGGUCCUUCAGUCGGAAAAUGUCCGCGAUGUCCUGUCGCUGAUGCACUCCUGCGGCAUGUACGACUUUUCCGGUGAAUUUGCGUUCAAAGUGGGACUUCCGGCCAAAUCCGGAGUGUGCGGCGGUGUGAUGCUCGUUAUCCCCAACGUAAUGGGCAUCUUCAUGUGGUCACCUCCGCUGGACCCGCUCGGCAACAGCUGCCGGGGAGUGCAGUUCUGCGAGGAACUCGUCAACAUCUUCAACUUUCACCUGUACGACAACCUCAAGCACGGCUCCAACAAGAAGGAUCCGCGCCGUCAUCGGUACGAAACCAAGGGUCUUUCCGUGGUGAACCUCCUAUUUUCAGCCGCCAGCGGAGACGUGACCGCCCUGCGGAGACACAAGCUGUCCGGAAUGGACAUUACGCUGUCGGAUUACGAUGGUCGAACGGCCCUCCAUCUGGCCUGUUCCGAGGGACACCUCGAGUGCGUCAAGUUCCUUCUGGAACAUUGCGGAGUACCUCAUGACGCCAAGGAUCGGUGGGGAAAUCGACCCAUCGAUGAGGCUGAGACAUUUGGACACGUGGAAGUGGUGGACUUUUUGAAGGAGUGGAACGACAAGGUUGAGCUGGCCAAAAAGUUGGGCAACGAAACGGGAUAUAAUUCGGACCAGGACAGUGUCAAGAGUGGGUCAUCGGGAGGGAGUGAGUUGAGCCAGAAACAUCCGACGGACAUCUUGAAAUAAUUUGCUCGAAUAUCAUUAGCUUUACUUAUUUUAGCUGAUUCAUCGAUCAUAAACUUAUCAUGCGCAAAUGAAAAGUAUUAUAAACAUUUUAGUUAUACGUUUAGAUAGACGUGCUUUCGUGCAUAAAAAAUGGCUUGAGAAAAAUCAUUCGAUAAGCAUUAUUUUACCAUAAGUUAAUUUUAAAUUUAGUUAAGCAGAUCUGACAAAUUCAAUCACUGAGAAGGAAUAAAGCAAGACAAUAAUGGAUGGCUAAGCGUAGAUGAAUCUUUACUAUAUAUACUUAACUGAGUGUAGUUCAAUUGAAAUGUAAAAAUGUAGUGAAAUGUUUGACCAGUGUCAAUUACGAUAAUAAACAAAUAUACUGUACAAUGUGAGACUAAUGCUCGAACAUGGAAUUCCUGAGGACAUACAAUGUGUGAAAUAAAGUGUAUAAGUCUGUUGCAAAUCGAAAA